CGUGGUAUAUCUGGUCCAAUACCUUUACCAAUAUAUGGCAACUAUUUGCAAACUAUACUAGGUCAUCAUCAUGAACAAUUAAUAGCCUGGACAACUAAGUUUGGCAAUGUAAUUGGGACCUACCGUUUUUCACGUCCGGAACUAAUUAUAGCCGAUCCGCAGGCCAUCCAUCAAAUAAUGGCCACUGAUGGACAAAAAUUUCAACGACAACGCGAGUGGCCACUGGUCAUCAAUUUGACCGACUAUCAGAAAUAUCUGUACGUAAACAGUAAGCACAGUAUGAGUGUAUUAUCGCAUUUGUUUCGACCGGAAAAUAUGAAAAACAUUGAAUCGUUAACCGAAACGGUAUUCCGAAAGUUUGCCACCGAUUUGGCCGAAAAUAAUAGUAAUAAUAAGUUCGGUAAUAGUUUUCUCCAGCGAAACGGCUGGUCAUUGGACAGACUGGACGCACGGCUAGUCAUCCAGGAAAUGGUUAUGCAAUUUCAUAUUGACAUAUCAUUUGGCCAGAGUUUUACCGAUCUGAACCUAUCGGCCGAUAAGUUUACCCAAAGUAUGCCCAGAUUUGAUAAAAAUAGGCGACUAUUGUUGACCACAAUGUUAGUGCCGUCGCUGGUCGACCCCGUCAUACGUUUUUAUGGUAAACUGUUUGGCGAAACUCAACGCUAUUUCAUUGACAGUACACACAAACUUAUUGAACACCGUAGACAACUGUCCACCACUACUACUACUACUACUACUACUAGUAGAAGUAGUACUACCGGUGCUCUGGAAAAGCCUAACGAUUUUUUGCAACUAUUUGUCGACUAUCGGCACAAAUCGGGCGACGGUCUGACCGACAACGAAAUUGUCAGCCUAUACUAUGCCUGCUAUCUGGCCAGCUAUGAGCCGAUGUGUCUGAUGUUGUCGAUGGCCGUAUACGAGUUGGCCCGCCAGCCAUCCGUACAGCAACGUCUGUACGACGAACUCAGUACACUGCGCACCGGUAGUCGUGGCUGUGGUAGCGGUAGUAAUGGUGCCGACAUUCAAGAGCUACCCUAUCUGAAUGCUGUACUAUUGGAAACAAUACGUAUGUAUCCGUCAUUUGUGGCCAAUCGGCGCGCUCAGGAAGAUGUCUAUUUGGCCGAUAUCGGGGUAACCGUACCGAAAGGUACUGACGUAGAAAUGUCGUUCAUAUCCAUGUACUAUAACCCCCAGUAUUUCCCGGAUCCCUAUCGUUUCAAUCCCGAUCGAUUUAUGCGGCCAUUGGUCGAUCAACAAACGGCCAAUACGUUCCUGCCGUUCGGCAGCGGUAAGUAUACCUAUUGUAUUGGCCAACGAUUUGCCAAAUUGGUACUCAAAUUGGGUCUGGCCAAACUGGUCGAACGGUUCAUGUUUGAGCCGACGGCGACUACAGAAAUACCGUUCAAAUUCAACCGAUUUCCCGAUAUAUUGUUACCGAAAUCAUAUGAUCUGAAGUUUGUAUUGAGAAAAUAA